ACUACCAGGAUCCUCACUUCACAAAAGCUGCGGAGACUCUGGUGGGACAGCAGAGCUUGUUGUCUUCAGUGAGGAUUAUUAACUCCAGGUUUUUGAAAGGUGUUUGAAUACACUGGAAUUAAUCUUAUCUUAGACUGUAGUACUUUGGUGUUGGACUCUGGAACCGUCCAGCACAGAAAACUUUUUUUCCUCCCUCUUUCUUUCUGUCCAGGAGUCUAAUCUUUGAGUUCCUGACAUGCUGUUGUGCUGCUCUGCUGCUGUGUUCAUCUUAUUCCUCACAGCUGGCUCGGGGACAACAGUAUAUGACAGCUACAAUGACUUUGUAGAGGAAGAUGACACUCCUCAGCUGGACUACAAAAACCCUUACUGGUGCCACUCUCCGGGUCUGACCAAUGGCGAGGUGACCUGCCACUCCCCUCGAGGUGGGGCCUACAGGAGCACCUUGGGCACCCGCUGUGAGAUGAGCUGCGAUCGAGGGUACCGGCUGAUCGGAAGAAGCUCGAUUCAAUGCCUCGCCAAUCGUCGCUGGUCUGGGACUGCUUACUGCCGCAAGGUGCGUUGCCACGUGCUGCCCCUCAUUCCUCACGGCAGAUACACCUGCACGCAGGGCUUUGUGGUGGACUCCAGGUGUGACUUUACCUGUGCUCCCGGCUAUCGCAUCGAGGGGGAACACUCACGCACCUGCCUGCAUGGCGGUUCAUGGAGCGGAGUGCAGCCAGAGUGUUCGGAUACCGAUCCGCCAAAGAUCAAGUGUCCUCCGUCCAGACUCAAGGUCGCCGAGCCUGGAAAGCUCACUGCCAUGGUCACCUGGGACCCACCAGCUGCCACCGAUACUGCUGACAAAUCACUGGAAGUGAUAUUAGUGGGCCAGCAGCCAGGCACCGACUUUAAAGAGGGAGCAAACAUUAUCCGAUAUAAAGUGUACGAUCAAGCCAGGAACAGAGCUGCCUGCAAGUUUAUUGUACGUGUCGAGGUGAGAAGAUGCCCAGAAUUACCUCCACCUCUGCAUGGUUACCUCACCUGCUCCUCUGACGGGAAUAACUACGGUGCAACAUGUGAAUACCACUGUGACGGAGGACAUGAACUAAAGGGGGUGUCCAGUCGAGUCUGUCAGUUCAGCCGCAACUGGGGUGGAAACCCUGCUGAAUGUGUUUCAAUGGAGAUUAAAUCGGAUGUAAAGACAGUCUCUGCUCUCCUGGAUCAGUUCUAUGAAAAGAGGAGGCUGCUGAUCAUGUCUGCACCAAACAUCUCUGACCCAGACUACCAGAUGCAGAAUGUCAUGAUACAAAAAUCAGACUGUGGAUUAGACCUACGACACGUAACCGUCAUCGAGCUUCUGGGCUCCCCGCCUCGUGAGACGGGCCGCAUUAGAGAACGUCUGCUUCAGUCUGAAGUCAUCGAAGGUUUGAGGCAAGUUUUCAGAAUCUCCAGAUACUACUUCAGCAUGGUGCUGCUGGAUGAGCUCGGACUGGACCGAGAGCGAUUCAUUACCCCGGUAGCUUCAGAGGAGCUGUUCUCCUACAUAGACAGCUUCCUGCUGGAUGAAGAGGAACGAGAGAGGCUGGAGCUCCGCAGAGAUUUCUGUGACUAAUUCAAUAAACCUCUCUGGUUGCCACAGCAAUGAACUCCUCAGUAUUACUAACACAAGAUAAGGAAGGACAAACAACCAGAAACCAGGUCCAGACUAACAUCUGAGUGGAAAAGAAGAAGAGACGGCAGUUCCUCCUGUUCAAAUGUGAUCACUAUACGACACUGAAGCACCAGCACUGUUUGCUCUCUGUCAGAUCAUCAGCUGAGGGGCCUGGAGGACAGAAACUGGAGCUUAUUAUAUUGGGGAACAACACAGAGCACCAAAUAUAUGCGCACAGAUUGAAACAUGAAUACAGAACACUUGGUUGGAUGCAAGAUGUGGAUUUGUAAUUUCUUUAAAACUCCCGUUUGUUAAUCUGAGAUUUAACGAGAGCUAAAACUACCCAGCUAAUAAACUACUCACUAUCAAG